CGGCCGCCGAGACUUCUGGGAGAUGAAGUCCUUGCGAAGGCCCCGCAUUGAUUGGGAGCGCGGUCGCCAGGACCCUUUUGCGCAGGCGCGUUGGUUUCCCGACCUGAAGAGGCGCCGUCUUCCCGGGUCCCGAGCACUCUGUGCCGGAGGACUCUGCCCUUGUCCACAAGGAGAGCACACAGGAGAGAAUGGCUGCUGUGUCUCCGACCACCAGAUGCCAGGAAUCAGUGACAUUUGAAGAUGUGGCCGUGGUUUUCACAGAUGAAGAGUGGAGUCAUCUGGUCCCCAUACAGAGGGACCUCUACAAGGAGGUGAUGCUGGAGAACUAUAACAGCAUUGUGUCAUUGGGCCUUCCAGUUCCUCAACCUGAUGUGAUUUUCCAAUUGAAGAGAGGGGACAAGCCGUGGAUGGUAGAUCUUCAUGGGUCUGAGGAGAGAGAAUGGCCAGAGAGUGUCUCUCUAGACUGGGAAACUAAGCCUGAGAUUUACAAUGCUUCAGACAAAAAAUCAGAAGCAUCAUUGAGGGAAUGCCUUGGAAGGCAAAGUCCUCUGUGUCCUAAAUUUGAAGUUCAUACACCCGAUGGCAGGAUGGGAACAGAAAAGCAAAGCCCUUCAGGGGAGACUCGUAAGAAAUCCCUCUCCCGGGGCAAAGGCUUGCGGCGAGGGUCAGCCCUGUCCAGGGAAAUUCUCACUAAAGAGAGGCACCAGGAAUGCAGUGACUGUGGGAAGACCUUUUUUGACCACUCAUCCCUCACCCGCCAUCAGAGGACUCACACUGGGGAGAAGCCCUACGACUGCCGCGAGUGUGGGAAAGCCUUCAGCCACAGGAGCAGCCUCAGCAGACAUCUGAUGUCACACACUGGGGAGAGUCCCUAUGAGUGCAGCGUGUGCGCAAAAGCCUUCUUUGACCGCUCGUCCCUAACUGUCCAUCAGCGAAUUCACACUGGAGAGAAACCCUUUCAGUGCAACGAGUGUGGAAAAGCCUUUUUUGACCGUUCAUCCCUUACUCGACACCAGAGAAUUCACACUGGAGAAAGUCCUUAUGAAUGUCAUCAGUGUGGGAAAGCCUUUAGCCAGAAAAGCAUUCUUACUCGCCAUCAGCUAAUCCACACUGGCAGGAAGCCUUAUGAGUGUAACGAGUGCGGGAAAGCUUUCUAUGGUGUCUCAUCUCUGAAUAGACAUCAGAAAGCUCAUGCUGGGGACCCUCGCUAUCAGUGUAACGAGUGUGGCAAAGCUUUCUUUGACCGCUCAUCCCUUACACAGCAUCAGAAGAUCCACACUGGAGACAAGCCAUAUGAAUGCAGCGAGUGCGGGAAAGCCUUUAGCCAGCGGUGCCGGCUCACACGGCAUCAGCGUGUCCACACGGGAGAGAAGCCCUUUGAAUGCACUGUGUGUGGGAAAGUUUUCAGUUCAAAAUCUUCUGUUAUUCAACAUCAACGGCGUUACGCCAAACAGGGAAUAGACUGAGUUGGGCAAAAGCUUGGGUAGGACAAGAACUUCCAUACAAAUUUGAGAUAGAUCUCCCCUGUCUUAAAGCUGCCAUUUGCUCAUUCUACCCACUCUGGCUGCCAUUGUCCUGUCCUGCUUCUGCGCCAGAGUGUUUAAUAAGCACUCCCUUCCUGCUGUGUUAUAGAACUGUAGGGGAGGCCAUGGAAAUGACUCUAAAGAUACAAAAUUUUGAAGAGGUUUGUCAGACAAUAGGAUAGAUGUUAGGAGGAGACACACCUCUUGUCUGAGAACCUAGGCCCCAGGUAUCACUGCACUUUAAGAAACUGGAGGCUGCAACAGGAGGGAAAGGCAGAAUGAUAUCAGAGCAGUACUAUUUUUUUUUUCAGAACAGUUGUUUUGAUGGCUGUUAGUCCCCCUCUCUUGGAGAUUUUGGGGCACUAAUCUUGUUCUCUUGUGUCCCAGCUUUUAGAUCUCUUACUUCCACUGCUAGUAGCUAGCACUUACUGAGCACCUGCGAUGAGGUAAAGACUCAGCUAAGGGUUUUACAGGAAGUAGAUUAAUUGAUCCUGUCACCAACCGUAUGAAGUAGGCACUGUUACCAUCUGCAUCUCCAGAUGAGCACCCUGAGGUUUAGAGAGAUUAAAUCACUUGCCCAAGGUGAACCAGCUGGUGAAAGGUGAUGCCAGGUCUUGAAGACAGGUCCACCUUUAAAGUCUAUUCUCUUUACCAUUAUGCUCGAUGGUUUGUUUGUUUUAUAAUUUAUGUAUAUGUAUUAUCCUCUCAACUAGAUUGUAAGCACUUGGAGGUGUGACUUACAGGUCUUUGUAUCUCACACAGUGCCUUGCUAAUAGGUGCUCAAUAAAUAUUUAUAUGAGUGAA